AUGCCUAAGUUUUAUUGUGACUACUGUGACACGUACCUCACCCAUGACUCUCCAUCUGUGAGAAAGACACACUGCAGUGGUAGGAAACACAAAGAGAAUGUGAAAGACUACUAUCAGAAAUGGAUGGAAGAGCAGGCUCAGAGCCUGAUCGACAAAACAACUGCUGCAUUUCAACAAGGAAAGAUACCUCCUACUCCAUUCUCUGCUCCUCCUCCUGCAGAGGCAAUGAUCUCACCUGCCCCCAGUCUCCCGGGUCCUCCUCGCCCUGGUAUGAUGCCAGCGCCCCAUAUGGGGGGCCCUCCCAUGAUGCCAAUGAUGGGCCCUCCUCCUCCUGGGAUGAUGCCAGUGGGACCUGCUCCUGGAAUGAGGCCACCUAUGGGAGGCCACAUGCCAAUGAUGCCUGGGCCCCCAAUGUUGAGACCUCCUGCCCGUCCCAUGAUGGUGCCCACUCGGCCAGGAAUGACUCGACCAGACAGAUAA